GAGCUAAUCCUUGGGAGUUAAGCUAGGACACGAUGCCUCGGACGAUGGUAUCCCGCGCUCUCCUGCUCGCCGCCGUCGUCCUGACGGCCCAGCUGUGCGCGUGCACGGCGUACGCCGUCAGCGGAGGCGAUGGGUUUAGCGUGGAGUUCAUCCACCGUGACUCGGUCAGGUCGCCGUUCCACGACCCGACGCUCACCGCGCCUGCCCGCGUGCUCGAGGCCGUGCGGCGGUCCGCGGCUCGCGCCGCGGCGCUCUCGCGCUACUACGUCCGCGUCGACGCGCCCUCAGCUGACGGCGGCGUCGUGUCCGAGGUCACGUCCAGGUCGUCCGAAUACCUGAUGGCCGUGAACAUAGGCACGCCGCCCACUCCUAUGGUCGCCAUCGCCGACACCGGCAGCGACCUCAUCUGGCUCAAUUGCAGCUACGGAGGCGACGGUCCUGGUCUGGCGGCCGCCCGUGACGCGGACGCGCAGUCGCCGGGCGUCCAGUUCGACCCCUCCAAAUCGACGACGUUCAGCCUCGUGGACUGUGACUCCGGCGCGUGCGGCGAGCUGCCCGACGCAGCCUGUGGCACCGACUCCAAGUGCAGGUACUCAUACUCCUACGGCGACGGCUCCCACACAAGCGGCCUCCUCUCCACAGAGACCUUCACCUUCGCCGACGCCCCGGGCGCCCGCGGCGAUGGGACGACGCGCGUGGCCCACGUCAACUUCGGCUGCUCCACGACCUUCGUCGGCACGUUCAUCGGGGACGGCCUCGUCGGCCUCGGCGGCGGCGACCUCUCCCUCGUCAGUCAGCUCGGCGCAGACACCUCGCUGGGCCGGAGGUUCUCCUACUGCCUCGUGCCCUACUCCGUCAUGGCCUCCUCCGCGCUCAACUUCGGCCCCCGGGCCACCGUCACGGAUCCGGGCGCGGCGACGACGCCGCUGAUCCCAUCCCAAGUGAAGGCAUACUACACCGUCGAGCUCCGGUCCGUCAAGGUCGGGGACAAGACCUUCGCGGCGCCGGACCAGUCCCCCGUCAUCGUCGACUCCGGCACGACGCUCACAUACCUCCCGGAGGCGCUUUUAGACCCACUUGUGAAGGAGCUGACACGGCGGAUCAAGCUCCCGCCUGCCCAGUCGCCAGAAAAGUUCCUGCCGCUGUGCUUCGACGUGAGCAGGGUGCGGGAGGGGCAGGUUGCGGCCAUGAUCCCUGACGUGACGCUGGGGCUGGGCGGCAGCGUUGCGGUCACGCUGAAGGCGGAGAACACGUUCGUGGAGGUGCAGGAGGGGAUCCUGUGCUUGGCGGUGGCGGCGAUGUCGGAGCAGUUACCGGCGUCGAUCAUCGGGAACAUCGCCCAGCAGAACAUGCACGUUGGGUAUGAUCUCGACAAGGGCACCGUGACCUUCGCCCCAGCAGACUGCGCGAGUUCCUACCCCGCCCCCUCACCCUCCGGUUCUGUGUAGUGUGUAGCUUAUGAAAGCGGAAAAUUGAGUGCCGGCAGAUCCCGGACCCUUCAUCGAGUGCUCAAGAUUGGUGGCCAGAAUAAUGUACUCAAAUGAAAUAUAAGCGGAACUGUUACUCAAAUGAAAUAACUGCAAUACACUCUUAACGUGAUAGAUGAUACAAUAGGUCACAUGUUUUUCAGUCCAAUA